AAUAACAAAAAUAUUUUAUUUGCAUUCCUCUUUUUGUUGAUCGAAAUAUUUUCACUUUUUUGUUGGUUUUAGAUGAAAUGCUGUGCUAAAACGAAAGGAUGCUUUAAAUUGAGUUGAACAUCAUGGGUUUCCCGCUAAAUUGCAAAGAAUUUUGCCAGUUUGUAGCUGUGUAUAACAGGAUGGACAUUUAAUAUCAAAGAGAUUACAUCAUGGAUGAUCCAACUUCAAAUCAAGCAAAACGUACAAAAAUCGCUCCCGCUAGACCACCUCCACCAAAAAGGAUGCCAAAUGACAUGCCUUCCACAGUUCGCAAACAUUACGAGGAACUGUCAAAUAUUCGUGCAGAGCGCGUGAGAUGGUUUUAUUUUGAGGACAAAAAGUGGUCACCGUUUUGUGGUCAGGAAUCGUUAAGAAUUGAGCAGUGUUAUCGGAGUCAGGCCAAGCUGUCAAGUCAUUUAAAAACAUCGCCAGAUCUUUGCGAAGUGUGUACAGUUCUUGGUGGCCUUUAUGAUGUCGACGUCGCGAAACGAAUUUGCAAGCCAGUGUAUUGGAAAGCUGACCCCUUGGAAAUAUGUCGGGGUACAUGGUUCAAGGGAUCUGCUAGUGAAACCCAUUGGACUCCAAUAACUGAAGAAGAAGCAAAACUUAUUGAACAAUCUCAUCAAAUGCUGUGGCAUUCUAUGGGUUUAAAUCCAGGUGUUCCACAUGUAAAUAACUCAUCAAAUACUUCAACCACCAUUAAUGACACAGAAAACAAGAAUGUGUUGUGUACGCUACAACUCUCAGGUUACUAUGUGGAAUGGACAGACCUUACUGAGGUGUGGUUACAUAGUGAAGGAGUGACCUCAAAGAUAUUUCGUGGAAUGGUACAAAAGAUUGGUGGCUCUACUGGCGUCCAUGCCACGCCCUUGCAUAGGGGUUAUCACACAGAAUGCAGGGUGUCUGAUUGCCCUGCUGAUGUGACACACCUGGUGUUUGUUAUUCAUGGAAUUGGCCAACUCAUGAAUAGCAGCAUCAAUGAGUGUUGCCAUAUGUUACGCAAUGGAUCAAAGCAGAUUGCUGAAAAAUACUUUAAGGAGGAAAACUCGAAAGGACGGGUGGAAUUUGUCCCAGUGGAGUGGCGAUCUUCACUGAAGCUAGAUGAGGGAGUGAUUGAUCUUGUGACACCGCAUACUGUACGUGGUGUAAGAAACGUGAUUAAUACCAGCAUGAUGGACAUCAUGUACUACACAAGUCCUUUCUAUAGAGAAGAGAUUAUUGGAUUCGUGAAAAACGAGUUAAAUAAACUCUACAAUCUGUUUUUAUCACGGCACCCUACGUUUCAAGAGAAUGGUAAUGUGUCAAUAAUAGCACACUCACUGGGAAGUGUCAUAAUAUAUGACAUAUUAGAAAGAUGGGACUUGAGAUUACGAGAUAUAGAAGCAAGCACGCAGAAUAGAUUUGUCACAGACAGCAUAAACUAUCUUAAUUCGAUGGAAGAGAAUCUAGAGAACUCGAAUUCACCACGACCUGGUGACUCCAAAAACAACCCCAUACAUGUCGAGCUGGCCCAAGCACAAUUAAGAUUGGAAGAGUUAGACUUUAAACUUCACAACCAAAUGUCAGGAUUGAGCAAUGGGCAAAGUUCCAAAGACGCUUUGCAUUUUAAGGUUGCAAACUGCUUUCUAAUCGGCUCACCAUUGGCCGUGUUUUUCACCCUACGAGGAUUUCGUCCUGGUGAGGAAACGGAAAAGGCUGUGAUGCCCCAGAUUGUUUGCAAAAGGUUGUUCAAUAUUUACGACCAAUGCGAUCCAGUGGCGUACAGGUUAGAACCGUUAUUUCGCGAGCGUUACUCGAACGUAGAACCUGUGCAUAUCAAGGGUCACGCUGAGACCAACUACACCUACGAUUCCUCUGAGCAAAUUUUGCAGCCAGACAGUAGUGGAGGGACUGGAAACUGGUUAGUGUAUGCCUUGAUAGGUCAACCAAAGGGUGGAAAGGCGGCAGAAGGAAACGCGAAACCAGGACCAACCCAAGCGAGCACAGAUCAAUGUGACGGCGGAGAUACCACCAAUGCAACGAAAGAUGUAUCCAGCGGUGGAUGGUUUUCAAGAAUGUUCUCACGAAGUACCACGAACGCUUUUGACGCCAGCGAUCAAGACGCAGUCGACGGGGAUAAGGAAAACGCUGAUUCAACAAAACGGAAACAAGUUCUAUCGCGAAGAAUCGACUACACUUUAUCUGAGAACAGAACACAAUAUUGGUCUGCGAUAACGUCUCAUCUAUCCUACUGGAACUCAAAGGACCUUUGUCGUUUUGUGCUGCAUCAAAUAUACUCUGACAAGGCGUUGAAUCACGAUCAGUAAAAACAUGAUGAUUUUUAUAUACACAAAGCACUGCUUUGUGGAAAGUUGCGCGCAGAAAGAUGUACCGUAAAAAUAGUUUCGUGUUGGAAAACACGAAUUUCGCGCUAGCAAGCUGCAGCACAGAUAGCAUUACUCAUGCCAUUUUUGGCCGGAAAACGAUCGAUGUUUGCAGAAAGCGUUCAAUCAAAUCGAAAGACACUAAGUCAGUGAA